AUGCCGUCGUCGGACGGUCCGCUGCGCCCGCACCUCGGCAUCGAGGUGAACCCGGAGCACGGGCUGUACGCCUUCUUCCGGAAGAAGGAGAAGGACGGGAAGCCGUACUACGACACGGUCGAGCCCAUGGACAUGACGGCGGACCAGAGCGGUCGUGCGUGGACCGCGGCGGAGCUGAGGCGGAAGAGCUUCAAGGACCUGCACACGUUGUGGUACGUCGUGCUCCGGGAGCGGAACUUGCUCGCGACACAGCAGGCGGAAGCGAGGAGAAUGGGCGCGAACGAGCAGACUCUUGGCUUGUGGGCGAAGGCGUUCAGGUGCCGCAAAACGAUGGCGCGCAUCAAGUACGUCAUCAACGAGCGACGUCUGGCGUACGAGGGCGCCAUGAAGAUCUACGGCGAGCGGCGGGAGGAGGCUCUCGAGGCGGACAAGAUCGCCCGCAAAGAGGCGGAGGAAGCGGAACGAAAGAGGGUGGCAAAGGAGUGGGCGAGGAAGCGGUCAAACCCUGUCGAGGACAUGGUGACCCGGUCACUCUUCGAGACCGUGCCAGAGACGGUCGGGCAGAAGGCGUAG